AUGAGUUCAGACAAGCAACAAGAUAAUAAAGAAUUUGGUCAAUUAGGUGACAUUGCUAAAAAAUUCGAAUCCUCUCAAGGUGGAAUCAAUGACAAGGAUUUAAAAGCUCAAGCUGCUGAAGCUUAUGGAAAAUUUGAGAAAUUAUCCGAUAAGGAGAAAGAAGAUUUGGUUAAAGGUGGAUUAGGUAAACUUGAAGGUAAGAGUGGUGAAGCUGAAAAGAAAUAG